AUGGUGGGUGUUUUUAGACGCUCCCUUUCUUUCCCUAACAAAACUCCCAACCUUCCAUCGAAAAUACCAAUCUCUCACCACAAUAGAUCUAUUAGUCUUCCAUGCAGAUCUCACCCUUUGAUCUCUCAGCUCAAGGAUAAGAUCAACAACCUCAAAUCUUGGGCUUCCGAGCCUGACACUCGCACUUCAGCUUGGCUUUGUGAUGGUUUGAGCAGUCUUAAAAACGUUCAUGACUGCCUUGAUGAUAUUCUCCAACUCCCACAAACCCAAGAAUCUUUACGUCGACAGCCGCAAUGGGUUGAGAGCCUCCUUGAAGAUUUUCUUCGUUUUGUUGACGUUUAUGGAAUUUUCCAAACAUUGUUUUUGGGUCUAAAAGACGAGCAUUUGGCGGCACAGGUGGCUUUGAGGAAGAGAGACGAGACAAAAGUUGUUUUGUACGUAAAAGCUCGAAAACGAAUGGCUAAGGAAAUGGGAAAGCUUGUGUCAACAAUUCGGUGCAUUGGGGUUCAUCCAAGUUCAUCAGAGACUGUAUCAGUUGGUGAUGCUGAGCUCGUGGGUGUUAUUGGAGAUGUUAUUGAAUUGACAGUGUCGGUUUCGGUUGCUCUCUUUAAUGGAAUAUCGGUGUCGUUUGCUUCAAGGAAAUCGUCCUGGAUGGGGCUGAGGUUGUCCAAGAGAGCAAAGAAAGACAAGGUGGAAGAAGCUAUUGAAGAAUUUCAACAAGUUGGGGUAGAGGGCUUGUGGGGUUUGAAAAAGAAGGGAGAUGAAGAAGUAAGAAUGAGUUUGAAGAAAAUGCAAGAUUUGGAGAGCUGUAUUGGUGGUAUUGAAAAUGGUAGUGAGAGAGUGUUUAGGGGUUUGAUCAACGCGAGGGUUUCACUACUCAACACUCUUACACAAUAA